CAGUCACACACUAUUAUUGAUUCUUUUCUUAUCCGGACCUCAUAUCCUUCAUACACAAUGCGCUCCCGCUGAUCAAGAACUGAAGAAACUACCUCCCGUCCCUACCGAGGAACAGUGCAAAUUGAAAGUUGGCGAACGGUUGUUACAAGUUCUACCCGGUGUUGGAUGGGAUAACUUGGUCAAUGAAGAACGUGGUCCAACUAUCGAUCGGGAUGUGUAUUCACAGUGCCGUCGUUCAUCCGACGGUAGAUAUGUUGUACCAGAUGACAUGGUGGUUGAGCCCAAAAAAUCUUCUGAUUUGGACUUGAGUUCCGAAGUGUACGAAUCCGGCAGUUCGUGCACCUCACUAACCGCGGCAUCGAUCAACUCUGCAAUGGAUGUCGGACUCUCUUACUACCAAAUAAGUGGAGACUUCUCGUUCGAGAAAGAAUCGAUACGGCAACAAUCGUCGAUCAGCAAGGGUCUCAUCGUCCGGACACAACUUCGCCACAAGCGAUACACCGUCCGUCUGUUGCCCGAUUCUACGCCACAUCCUCGGUUCCGCAAUCGCCUGUUGGAUAUUGCAGCACAUCUACGUCGGGGAAAUGUUACGAUAAAGACGAUCGAUGAUUUUGAUAAAGGAGGCAUCGAGCCAACCAGCCGAAGUGGGGUGAUGCCAUCUGCUGGGGCUGAGAUUUUGGCUAUCGAAGAAGCCAUGUCGGCCUUUCAUUUGGCCGAUCUACUCGUCAGCCGCCCACCUUCAUUAAUCUUCACUCAUUUCUGGCUCCUUUUUGCUCUGCUUCUGUACAGGGACUAUGGGACCCACAGCCUUAUAUCUGUCGACGCUGGGGGUAUUCUAGUCAAAACAGAUACACUGGACGAAAACUCUCAAUCGUACACUAAGGCCGAAAGAGAAAAACUCGCAUCGCACGCAUCUGCUUCCUUUGCCAGUCUGCUGAAGGUUUCGAUCGGCGGAUCAUUUACGAGUAAUGAGUCGGUGGCGGCAAAUUACGGUCGAAAAGUCACUCACAGUCGCGUGACUAGUUACGGUGGCCCAAUUUUCCAGGCCAACGAUCUAAAUCUUUCCAAGUGGGAAAGUGGCCUAGACGAUGAAUUGGUCGUUAUCGAUCGGAGUGGUGUGCCCAUCUAUGAAUUGAUCAGUUCACGGAGCUUGCCAGAGUUGGAUGAAGAGAUGAUUGGUCGAUUGACAAAGACCAUCAGAUCAGCUAUCACAAGAUACUACACCGCGAAUGCGGUGAUUGGAUGCAUGGAUCCUUCGUCUGCUUACUACGAUGCCGAUGCCAAUGUGGACUCUGCCGAAUGUCGAGGGGAAACUGCAACGAUAAGUGAGUCCGCGCGACUUCCCCUUGGAGGCGUGUAUCAGAAAUGUCAAGGACCAGCGGAACUUUGUGAAACGUUGGCUGUUAAAAAUGCAGCAACCGGGGAUUUCACUUGCCCUACCGGUUAUCUAUCUGUCCAAUUGCUUCCACCCCAAGUACGCACUUGCACGAACCACUGUGAGCGCUCAGUGUGGCAUGGAGCUGCCUGUCAACAGGAAUGUGCCACAACAGAAUUGCACUGGUGUUCGCUAGAUCCCACCGUUCCCGAACCUCCAGUGGCCGAUGGCAACAUUGGUUUUAUAUUUGGUGGUCUCUACACGGAUAAGGAACCUAAUCCACUGACACAGCAAUAUUCGUGUCCAGAAUACAGUUGGCCAGUGGCUGUCGGUCGUCGUAUGCGGAUAUGCCUAUCUAGCGAUCGAGAACUGAGUGGGAAACACGCCAUGCUCUUCGGCGGCUUCUACAGUUGUCGGUUUGGCAACCCACUCGUGUCCUAUUUGGAACAAAACGCGACCAAUCCAAAACAGCGGAGUGCAGUGACCAAGCCUUUCAAUCGUACCAUACUGUUAAAUGUUGUAGAGCCUGUGAACAAACUGGCACGUAGUUCACUCGAUAUUCCAAAUGACCAGGUCCCUUUGGAUGACUACAGUUCGCUGUUCGCUUCUAUCUGGCCAAAACGUUGCCCGUCUGGCUACACGACUCAUUUGGCUUCCAUGGAGGACACCUGCCAGGUCAAUUUCUGCGUACCAGCCAACACAAUCAAAAUAAAGAAAAAGCGUUAUCUGAAACGUCCUCCAUUCGUUGCCCCCCCCACACUCUACUCCUCAGCGGGUUCUGCCUGGGCACCAGACUCUCUACUAGACCCGCCUUCUUCAAUGGCUGGUUCCAAGGGGGAAACACUGGAACGCGUGGAUGGCACGUGGACGAGAAGUGGUGCAAUCGGACUACCGGAUUUCAACAAGGACAGCAAGUGGCUUAGACAAGUCAACGUUAUCCUCGGAAGCAUCCUCGCGAUCUUUGCUGCUGCAGUGAUUGUCGUCGGAGUGUUUCUGGUGUUGGUGUGCCGACGACGUGGAUUUUACGCGGUCCCUACCAAUUAGUUCACGGGCUCUGUUUGAGUAAGGUGAAACAAACUGUACUUUUCAAGAAAGCCGAAAUCUCAAGACAGGUAUUCUAACUGGACGGCGUAUUUUAAUACCUUUUGAAGCUUAUUCGGCAACUUUGUAAAUCUUGAUCACUGUAACUUGUGCAGAUUGGUGCUUUAAUUU